CAACGACGUUUACCUACUUUACAUGAAAUUACUGAGUUCUAACAAAAAUAACUAUUUACUUUUGAGUUAGGAGUAAUCUUUGAAACUGUACCGUAUAUUUAAAAAUUAAAAUAUUAACCUUAUAAUUGCAUAAUUAUAUAUCCUAUUCCAUUGUACUGUUUGCAUAAAACGGAAACUUCAAUAAUGUCUUCGGAAACUGCACAAGUCAGUUCGUUACCACUGCCACCGAUGCAGUAUAUUAACUUUUACACAGAUGACAAUGUUCGAAGAAACAGGGCCCCACUACCUCCGCGACCUAUUCAUGAUUCCUAUUCAAUGUUUGGAAAUACUUUUAACGCUGAUGACACAAUAAUAAGAUCUCUAGAAAGUCAGGGGUUUCGAAGACUUUAUCCUUUACACUUUGAGAGAAGAAGGGAGCUAAAGAAAUUGAAUCAUUCUCUAUUGGUUAAUUUUCUUGAUCUCUUAGACCUUCUAGUACAUUGUCCAGAUUCACCUAAAAGGGCAGAAAAAGUAGAAGACUUAAGCCUUUUGUUUAUACACAUACAUCAUUUGUUAAAUGAAUUUAGACCUCACCAAGCAAGAGAAACUUUGAGAGUAAUGAUGGAGUUGCAAAAACGACAAAGAGUUGAAACUGCAAUGAGAUUCCAGAAACAUUUAGAUAAAGUCCAGGAUAUUUUACAAAAUGCUCUUCAAAGUUUACCUGAUCAGAACGAAAUGGAGUCCAAUUUCAAAGUGCCCACAGAAAUAUUAGAACAAAUAGAAAGUAAUCAAAAUGACAGUGCUAACCCAGACCCCUGUUAUGAACUUGAUUAUAUAAUGUGUAAUGUUGUUGAUAAUAUGCGAUGAGAUAAUCUAGUAUACUUGUAAUUUAAAGAAUAAUAAAUGAAAACUUUUGAACUCACUGAAACAGACAGUAAAAAUUUCUAUUGUGUACAUUUUGCAAUAAGAUUGAUAGAACAUUACACUAAAUCCUAAAAAUAAUGCAUUUGAUAGCAUAUGCAGUAUGUGUUAUGGAAUACAAUUUUUUUAAUUUAAGAAUGUUUAUCUUUAUGGGGACACAUACAUAUUUAUGUUGUGAUUAAAGAAUUUGAAUUUGUUUAUAAGUCUACAUGAUCUAAUACCGGCAUUAAUAAAUGAAAUAAAGAUUUGUAAU